AAACAAGAUGGCGGACGAAUCGUUAUUAUCAGGGUUUUCCGUCUUUGGGGAUUAAUAUCUCUUCAAAAAUCGGAGUUAUAGUUAUUUGGAAAAUCGUAAAUGUCUACAAACGACUCACCAGACUUCCAGACUAUCAAACAAGACAAUAAGAGACUGAAGAAAGAUGCCGCCGAGCUAAAAUCUCAAGUAGAAGAGUUGAAAAAAGAACUGAGGUGUUUAGAGAAGAAGUUGAAAAAAGCCGAAUACGAGAAAGARAAUGCAGAAGGGCACGUUCAGAAUUUGAAYAGGGAUUUGGAUUCUGUGCGGAAAGAAUURUAUGAAGAAAAACAYAAAUGGAAGCAGGAGAGAGAAGCUCUUAUUGAUGCAUCUCAGUCAAAACAUGUGCAACCUCUAAGCCAUGAAAUAUCUUCUAAAGAUGAGGAUGGACAGGAAAAGGAUAUUAAAACAGUUCUUGAAGAAGCUGCGUCACAGGCUAUUGCAAAAAGUGGUUUAGUUUAUGAUGAGAAUAGUGGACUYUACUUUGACUGGAGCUGUGGACUUUAUUAUGAUCCAAAUUCUUGCCUAUAUUACAACAACAUAACUGGYACAUAUUACUACUUUAAUGAAGAAUCAAAUAGCUAUGAAUUUCACUCACAAAUAGAACUUCCUGCYGAAAGUACUGAUGAACAAUAUAAAACAAAGAAAAAGAAAAAGAAAGUAACUCCAAAAGCAAAAAAGAAGCGAAAAGUCAUUGAGAUUAAAAGCUCAUCAGGUGAAAAUGAUAGCAGUUCAGGAGAAAUAAUAAGCUCAGAUGAUGAAAGUGAUGAUACAGACACUGAUGAUGAUGAUGACAACAAUGUGCAUCAUACAGUAGCUCCAUGUAUUAGAGCUAUUGUCACAAAUUCUGACAAGCUCAAGAUUGGAACUCUUUUUYUUGUGACAUGCACAGGGGGRASUCUAGGAAGAGAAAAAGAUGUUGGACAUGCAAUAAUAAUACCUGAUGUSGCAGUUAGUAAGUAUCAUUGCAAGUUUGCAUAUGACCAGGAAAGAAGGCAAUACUUCAUAUGUGAUCUGGGAAGUAGAAACGGCACCUUGUUGAAUGAUAAACAAUUUGGACAGAUUGGUAAGGAAAGUGAGCCCCAAGUGUUGACGCAUGGKGAUAGUCUUACAGUUGGUGGUACAACAUUAUCAAUACAUAUCCACCAAGCCACWGAAACAUGUGAUGAGUGCGAACCAGGUCUUAUGCAGACAAAAGCGGAAGUCACUGGUCAUUACCAAGUUUCAUCUCAAGGAAACUCAGAAAACCAAAGAAAAAAGCAAUUYAAAAAUCUAAAAAAAGCAUAUGGAUUAGAGCAAGAAGCCUAUACUGAAGGUUCUGAUGUACUUGACAAACAGAAAUACAGAGAUCGUGCUGAUUUGAGACGUGUUAAAGUCGGUAGUGAUGUGCCAAAUCAACCAGACGCUGCCCCRUCUUCAGUACACAGACCAAUCAGCURUGAUAACAAGGGAAGAAAGAUGCUGGAAAAAAUGGGAUGGAAAGAUGGGGAAGGACUUGGCAAGGAAAGUACUGGACUCAAGGAACCGYUAUUGGCAACUGUACYCGAACAAUCACGUGGUAUUGGGUURGGAGUCAAGAGGUCCAUAGACUUGACAAAUGCUGCCAACCCGUCGAGUAAGAUGUUAACCAAGACUAGAGAACGAUACGAGGACAUAUUUCAAAGUAAUACAAUGGAAUCAAAGCAAAGAAAAACCCUAUUUGUACCUCAAGUAAACAAAAAAGACGAAGACAAGAGUGAAAUAACGUGAUGUUCAGUUCAUAUCGUCUUUUUUUUUCAUUAAUAAACUUUCAUUUUGAUAUUAAAA